GGGGCUGGGAAUAACUCCAGACGAUGCUGCACUGUGCCGGCUGUGAGAAGCCUAUUCUCGAUAGGUUCCUGCUCAAAGUUCUGGACAGACCGUGGCACAUCAAAUGUGUCCAGUGCUGCGAAUGCAAAUGCACUCUGACCGAGAAGUGCUUCUCUCGAGAGGGGAAGCUGUACUGUAAGAAUGACUUCUUUAGGAGGUUUGGGACUAAGUGUGACGGCUGCGCUCAGGGGAUUUUACCCAGCGAUCUGGUCCGCAGGGCCAAGAGCAAAGUGUUUCACCUGAACUGUUUCACCUGCGUGAUGUGCAACAAGCAGCUGUCCACCGGGGAGGAGCUGUACAUCCUGGACGAGUUCAAGUUCGUCUGCAAGGAGGACUAUCAGAACAACAAUGGCAAAGACACAAUCCUCCUCUCAGUCACGACGUGCAGCGACCCGAGUCUGUCUCCGGACUCCCAGGACCCGCAGGACGACGGCAAGGACUCGGAAACGGGACAUUUAUCGGAUAAGGACGUGUGCGGCAACGAGAACGACGAGCAGAGCGCCGUCGGGAAGCGACGCGGGCCUCGGACCACCAUUAAAGCCAAGCAGCUGGAGACCCUGAAGGCGGCGUUCGCGGCCACGCCGAAGCCCACCAGGCACAUCAGGGAGCAGCUGUCACGGGAGACCGGCCUCAGCAUGAGAGUCAUCCAGGUUUGGUUCCAGAAUCGGAGGUCCAAAGAGAGGCGCAUGAAGCAGCUGAGCACCCUGAACGGCCGGAGACACGUGUUCUUCCGCGGCCAGAGGCGGAUGAGAGCGCUGGGGGAGAGGCUGGAGGCGGAGGAGCUCGGCCACUUCUCUUAUUAUGGAGAUUAUCCUGCUGAAUACUACAGCUCGGGAGGGAAUUACGAGUACUUCCAAGGCCCGCCAUCGUCCCAGGCUCAGACUCCAGCAGACCUGGGCUUCGUGCCCUCCUCUGUCCCCGCUGGCACCCCACUGGGAGUCAUAGACCACCAACACCACCACCACCACCACCCGGGGCACCACUGUCCCGGAGAGAUGCAGUGUUUCUCCGACACGGUGUCCCACCACCCGGCGGACUCACCCAGUCCGGAGCCCCACAUACCGGGCUCGAUGCACAGUGAGAUGUGUGGGCCCGGCACGCCCUACACCACCGUGUCCCUCAGUGACAACGGAUACACCAACCAACUGUCACAACCCUCCUCAGAAAUGAGCGAAGGCACUGUCUGGUAAUCCAGCUCACACCCGACGACAAGGCACACUUGGAUUUUGAAGGCAAAUCAAUGCUUUUAUGUUGUUGUUUUCUUUUUUUGUCCCUUAUUUACUUAUUUAUUUAUUUAUUCAUUCAUAUAUUUAUUUAUCUAUUUAUUUAUUUGCUUACACUCCUGUUACGCUUCUCUUUAACUAUUUAUAAAUCUCUAUAUUUGUAUGUUGGUAUAAUUGUUUAUUGACUAGCCAAUCAAUAGAUUGUUUUAAAUAGUCCAUGUGCGUUUGACUCAUUGAUACGUUCACAGUGCUGGGGCCCUCAUUGAUCAAGCAAUAAACAAACACAUUUAUAUGCUGCAGAAAGUGUUUUUUUCCAGCGGUUUUUGCCAACUUUUUGUCUGCCGCGUGUCGGACACAGUUUGUCCAGAAAAUGAUGGAGACAUGAAGGUGCAUGAUGACAUUUUUAUCACAUUUUUCCGCAGCACCCCCCUUCUCCAUCCACGAGUUCACCUGUAAACACAAGAGUUUAUGGUUCAGUAGCAGAUGAUGAUUGUGAUGUUCAAUGCAGUUGACCAAAAAACAAGACAAAAAAAAUCCUCUCAGGACUGUGGAAACAUUGUUUUUGUUGAUUUUGAUUUUCUUUUAUGAUUUUAUUGCCGACACGUUUGCCUUCAAAAGGAUAUCUUUAUGAAUCUGAAGAUUUUAUAUGUAAAAAAAAACGU